AGUUUUCUACUGUAUUUUAAAACAUUGGGAAAUUUUCUGUUCUUGCGUUACUCGGCUCUAUUAGGGCUUGGUUGGCACUGUCCGUUCUUCUUGCUCGAAUGAAUUUUGCCGAUUUUUGUAGCUGAAAUUUUAUCAUGGCCUCUCUCUUCAAGGAUCCGAACAAGCUGUCUGCAUAUAGGGAUAGAAGGUUUCCUGGGAAUCAGGAAGAGUUUGACGAGGCUCUGCAAAACUCGACCACUCUUUAUGUGGGGAACAUGUCGUUUUACACUACCGAGGAGCAAGUUUACGAGCUGUUCUCUCGAGCUGGAGAGAUUAAAAAGAUUGUCAUGGGUUUGGAUAAGAACAGCAAAACACCUUGUGGCUUCUGCUUCAUAAUGUACUAUUCAAGGGAAGAUACUGAAGAUGCCGUUAAGUAUAUUAGUGGGACUAUUCUUGAUGACCGUCCCAUUCGCGUUGACUUUGAUUGGGGUUUUCAAGAAGGCAGACAAUGGGGACGUGGUCGAAGUGGUGGACAGGCAAGUAUUUCCGUGUGUCCAGGAAUUGAGUUUAACUUCCUGAUCAUACGUAGAGGUGGCUACGGGAAAUUAGUCCAAAAAGAGUUGGAAGCACAGAGGCAGCUGGUGGACUAUGGGGCUGGAUCAUUGGGUUCCUUUGCACCUAUUUUACCUCCUACAUAUGGUAGGCAUGGUGGAAGUUAUGGUCAAGGUGCUUCGUACAGACACGGCAGAGGAGAUUUCCAUCGUAAACGACACAGAGAAGAUGACCGUCGUGCGCCUGAUUUCACACGGAAAAAGUCUGACUUCGUGUACCGUAGAAAUCCAGAUGAACCGAGACCGAUACCAUGGGUCCAGUCAUCAUUAGUUGUGAUUUCUCUUUACAAGGAGAAAAAUCCAAGGUUCCGUGAGAGUGGUGAUUCUGAUGAUGACGAUGAAGAUGAUCGUAAGCAGCAUACUUGAGCAAUUUUUGUCUUUUGCAUUUUAGAAGUAUAUGCUCAGUUGUUUCAGAAGGUGUUGUCUACCUGGUUGUAUCAAAGUGCUGUUGCUGUUUUUUCUUUCGUGUUUUUGGCUUAAAAAACUUUGUGUUUCAUCAGUAUAUCAAAGGGCCGAUGAGCUAAAACUGCUCCAGAUUAGCCCUAGAGCCAGCCAUUUCUUCCCUUUUGGGGUUCCAUAUUGUGUUGUAUCAAUGCACAGUUAUUAAUUAUUAUUUAGUUGGUACUCUUUUUCUUUUGCCAUUUGAAAAAGGAAAAUUGUUGGUUGAGUGCAAAUAGAAUGAAAGGUAAUUUGAUUGGCCCCAUGAGACAAGCUGGGACCAUUCCAUCCAGUUGCUUUGUAUACAGUAGUCCUAGGAAUACACAUUUGGUCGGAACCGAACUAAGCCGUUUGAAAAUUUGAUUUUGUCGAUUUCUGACCGAACUUGUUUGGUUUGUUCAGUGGUCAACCCAAU